CCAGAGGACGGAACAGAAUGGGACACCCUAACGUGCCGCUCACAUACAGUUACACGCGAUCCCACAGGGACAAACGCAGAUCCAGCCGACUGCAACCUUACACACCAAAUGACAACCUGAACAAUGCGUUAGGCGCCAUCAGGGUCCUUGGUUUGGAGCUGAUCGAGGAUGAACUCAAACCACAUCUGAACACAGUGCUGACCAACAUUAAGGAGAGGAAGAAAGGCGCUGCUGAGCAGGUAGUGAUAAGUGGCAUCCUGCCAAUCCUGGCCCUGUCUCUGAGGAGCAGAGGGCCCCUCACUCUGCUGACUGCAAAACUAGUGGCUGAACUUGCAAAGGAAUCCGUGGUUCGUAAAGGUUUCGGUGAUGCAGGCCUGGUCACGGCUCUGUUGUCGGUGCUGACCAGUUCAGAUCGCGAACUGCUCCUUCACGCUGCGAGGGCCAUCUCGCGAAUGUCUUAUGAUAGCUCUAAGCAGCAGGAGCUGUUACUGCGACGCGGUGCAGUGCCUCGUCUCGUCGUCAUCCUGCUUCGUUUUCCUGAUGAGGAGGCCCUGGAGGAGGUGUGCCUUCAGGCCCUGUGUAACCUCAGUGGCAUGGGAAUGGCAGAAGAGGCAGGGAUGGUCUGGGAGAGGGGUACAUCCGUGAGGCCAGGGGAGUCCGUGUUUCAUGGCGUUUCUCCUCACACUUGUGGUUUCGCUUCUUCUGUGACUCUGGUACGCGUGUGUCAGUGGGCACCAGGUCAAUAUGCGGUCAACAUCGAGGUUUUCCAGCGCUGCUCCUCCUCCUUCUGGAGCCUUCAUGGGAACAAACGCUCUGCUCGGUGGUUCCCGUUCUCCAGCUUGGGGAGUUGUUCAAAUCUGCUGAAGUUGAUCAAGUUCUCUACGAGGAACGUUCCUCGGACAAAAAGUCUGAAGAUUCGUGUGUUCCACACUUUUCUCUGACAGCUGAAAUACUGCAAACAUGGCGGCCUAAACUAACUGGCAAACAAAACGGAAUGGUUCCUGUGACCGUCUUUCAGUACUGAUUAUUAACAUGCACCAAAACAUCAGGGAAUGUUUACACUCAGUAAACCUGGACAAUCACACUUGGAUCUGUUAUCUCUGCUCCUGUCUUUUUGUUUGCAUUCCUUGGCUCAUUUUAUGAGUUAAAAAAAGAUCUGUUUUCUUCUCAAAAUUGACUUUUCCACCACCCUUUGCUUUUGCAAUGCAUUAGAUGAAUCAUGGAUAAGGAAAAUGCUGUAAAUCAAUUUAAAAACAUUCUGUGUCUGAACAUGAAAACCUUAAAAUGAAUGCUAUCACCAUGUCCUUUCUGAUAAUUUGUUCACAAGUGCUUGAAAUCAUUGUGAAUUUCUGUCCAAGGCAGCAGUACAGACAGAUUGAUAUUCUUUUAUACAUUGCAAGUCAAAUAUAACACUUUUUUUAAAUUAUGUCUCUUUCGAUUUUACCCUAUAUUUUUGAUUAUUUGCAGAUCUUUGACUCCCGCUUUAAAUAAUAAAAUAUCUU